UUUAUCAGACGCGUGCUGCUCCAACUGGUUCUACCUUUUCCCAUUGGUGCAUCUGCUUUCCCUGGCCUCCAGUCAGUCACGCCUGAUUCAGUGGAACAGCUAGAAGAAGGCGUGGAGCGACUAUAAGGAAACAGAACUAUGUCGACUCGAGUUCAGACCUGACGGAACUGCUUCCUCUCCACAGCAAGCCUUCACGACGUCCCCUCGAUGGCGUACUCCACCUCCACGAUCGCACAGGGCUGUUUUGGGAAGGUUUACAAAGAGAAGUACAACGACACCUGGGCCGCGAUAAAGAGGGUCCCCCAACAUCUCAUCAGCAGGAAGGACCUGGAGAGAGAGUGUGAUGUGUACAACAAGUUGAAUCAUCCCAACAUAGUGAAGCUUCUGGGAAACAUAAAUCUGAAAGACGGGAAAUGGGUCAUUCCUCUGGAGUUCGUCUUCGGAGAGGACCUGGAGACGACCAUCUUCAAAGCUGCCAAGUCUAAAAUACAGUUGACUCCAUCUAAUCGAGGAACUAUCAUCGUUGGCAUGUGUGAGGGGCUGCAGCACCUCCACUCCAAAGAUAUUGUCCAUCAAGACCUCAAGCCUGAAAACAUAAUGGUGGAACAUGACACACACAGGGCGGUGAUCAUCGACCUGGGACUCGCCAAGUUCUUCCGACGUGGCCUCAACUCUGCCGCUGACAUGGGCAACGAGGCCUACUCGGCCCCCGAGGUGCUGCAGAGGGGCAGCCAGCGGGACCAGCGCUCAGACGUGUGGGCCAUGGGGAAGAUCAUCGCCGAGCUCUGCGCCCGGAUUCGGCUGUUCACACCCACCGUCAGCCCCGCCAAGAUCAAGGAUACCCUGCACGAUCAGCCUUACUGCCACGCUGUGUGCAGGAUGGUGGAGCCCAACCCUUCUCUGAGGGCCUCCGUGGGGGGGGUCAUCGGUGAAAUACGAAGGGCUGGAGGUGCAGGACAGGUCACCAACGCACCUACACAGAAAGACCACCUCAAGCCACCUUCAGCCAAUGUUAAUGACAGGAACAGGGAUCCAUCUCCCCUGAGAAGAGAUCCAUCGCCGUUCCACAGGGAUCCUUCCCCAUUGAACAGAGCCCCAUCACCAUUCCACAGGGAUCCUUCCCCAUUGAACAGAGCCCCAUCACCAUUCCACAGGGAUCCUUCCCCAUUGAACAGAGCCCCAUCACCAUUACACAGGGAUCCUUCCCCAUUGAACAGAGCCCCAUCACCAUACAACAGGGAUCCUUCCCCAUUGAACAGAGCCCCAUCACCAUUACACAGGGAUCCUUCCCCAUUAAACAGAGCCCCAUCACCAUACAACAGGGAUCCUUCCCCAUUGAACAGAGCCCCAUCGCCAUACAACAGGGAUCCUUUACCAAUUAAACCUCUAAAAUGGGAGCGAUCACCCAGACCAGACCCCAAAGCACAGCGCCCCACUCCCCCUGUCCUUCGGAGGACUGAGGACAAAGACAAAAGCCAGGCUCUGGUGCCGACAGGGGGGGGCGACCUCACACAGGACUUCAUGAAAAUGAGGCUUUACAAGGAGGCCGCCAUGGAUCUGCCCUGCAACCUGCCCACGACGGGGAGGGUGGUGGUGCGGCGCUUUGAGGAGAAAAACGGGGAGGUGGGAUCUUGGGAGCAGAAGGAGGUGGUGACACGUGACGGGAAGAUCGUCAAGUUCGACAACGUCAAGUUUAACAGCAAGUAGGAACGAGCGUUCAGGGAUUUGUUAAAUGUCGUCACAAAGCAACUGAACUGGUUUGUUCAGGGUCAGAUCCUCUUGGGAGAGUUUGUAAACAUACAUACCCAAAGAGUAAACUGAGAAACAGUAAGAAAAACACUCUCUGGGUGAUAAGAAGAGAUAAGAAGAGACUUGACAAAGUUGGUUGGUUGUGCCUGAACAUGAUGUUUGGGAAUUUGACUGAGCUGCUCAUUUUCUUGCCAAGAUAGAAAUGUCCGCGGGGGUGAACAACCAUUUUGUAAAGGUUUUUCAGCAUUUGAGCGCUUGACACUGUGAACAGUAAAUUUAUUUAAAUAAAUCGGAAAAUUCUGUUUCAGUUGCA